CCUCUGUCACAGUUGAUCUUCGAAAUGGGCUCUGAUUCUCUUCUUCUUCUUCUUCUUUUUCUCUUCCAAAUCCCACAACCCUUCAAAACCCUAGACCUGAAUUUUUAGUCUUCAUCAAUAAAAAAGAAAACUUCCCUUUCUUCAAACACUUUUGUCCCAGAAAAAAAAAGAAAAAUUCUAAAAAAGAGCCCAAAAUGCUUCAACACCAACUGGUUCAAUCCCCAGCUCGUCUGGGUCUAAGCAAUCCCACAUCGCCAUCUCUGCAAAACUCUACUCCUCCAAAACUCCCUCCUCACCACCCUUCCAAUCUCGCAUCCUCUUCCUCUUCCUCUUCCUCUUCUUCUUCUUCUUCUUCUUCUUCUUCUUCGUCCACCAUAACCACCACCACAACCUCCUCAACCCUCCUCCCUCUCCUCCCUCCUCUUCCUCGUGCCCAGUCCCUCCUCCACCAAAUGGCUUCCCUCGCUUCCAAACUCUUCGAGGUCUCAUCCAAUCGAUCCCUCUGGCUCUCUUCCUUCCGCGGUUCUCUCCCAACUUUCCUCUCUUCCCAAUCCACUCCUCCUCAUCUUCCUGACCCUUCUCCUUCCUCCACCAAAGAAAUCCUUUCCCUCUUCACUUCCCUCCAGACCCAGCUCUUCGAGGCCGUUGCCCAGCUCCAGGAGAUUCUCGAUCUCCAAGACGUCAAGCAGAAAAUCGCCCGCGAAAUCCGAUCCAAGGACGCCGCCAUUCUCGCGUUUGCUAAUAAGGUUAAGGAUGCCGAACGGGUUCUUGACAUUCUCGUCGAUGAUUACUCCGAUUAUCGCCGACCCAAAAGGACAAAAUUGGAAAAACAUGGUGUGGAAGAUAAUGAUGGGGAUGAUGUUGAUGAUGAUGAAGAAGAAGAAGACGAGGAUGCGCCAGGAUUAACGACGGUUGCUUCGCGGUUGAAGUUGGACGAUAUCUUGUCCUAUGCUCACCGGAUAAGCUACACCACGUUUGCGCCUCCGGAGUUCGGAGCUGGUCAAGCGCCUCUUCGUGGGGCUCUGCCUCCUGCGCCUCAGGACGAGCAAAUGCGGGCUUCCCAGCUCUACAAUUUCGCUAAUCUCGAUGUCGGUUUGCCAAAGACUGUGGAGAGCAACGAGAAGAGAAUUGAGGCUAUGAUCGAGCCUCCACCGCCUGCGGUUCCAUCGGAGCCGAACCCACUUUCCAAUUUGGCAGCCAUUCAGGGGUUGCUUCCGAAUAUCACUGUCCCAUCUGGUUGGAAACCUGGCAUGCCUGUGGAAUUGCCAACAGAUUUGCCUGUGCCUCCACCCGGAUGGAAGCCUGGCGACCCGGUGCCAUUGCCGGCAUUGGAAUCUCUUCCUGUUCCAAGGGUUGAGGAGCAGCAAGUGCGUCCUCUUCAGGGUUUGCAUAAGCCGCUGCCGGAGCCCAUACAGGUUCGACCUGUUCAGCUCGAUAUUCUUGAUCAAGACGAUGACAGUAGUGAUUAUACUAGUGACGAUGCAAGUUCCGAUGACGAUGACUGAUGAGAUGAUACGGGUUUUAUCAUCUAGUCGCUUGACUUUUUUUCAUGUAGUCAAGCAUAUUAAUUUUGUACCUUGCUUUUCCAUUUGAAUGAAAUUGAAAAGUUUUCAUUUGUAA